CUCGAAAUCUAGAGCAGCCAAAGGCGUCAAGGCGACGAGAGACGUCCUGGAAAAUUGUGCCUACGUAGGCUUGGUUUGGGUAGACUUGAGUGCCAUCCGUCUUGCUCAAUGCUCAUGUCAUGUGCGUUUUUUCUGCCCUCCGGUUGGGCUUUCCUUUGACCCCUUACCUCAUCAGCCAUCACCCUCUCUGCCCACGGGCAAUGGCAGCAGGUCAGUAGCUCACUCACUGUGACACUGUUCAGCGUUCGCCUUCUCGAGCCAGCCCGCCGCUUCGAAAGCUCAAGUGCUUAGGCGUCGCCAUCCUCCUUUUUAUCCCACUCGCCGGAAUCGCACAGCCCGUUCGCCCCACGGCCGGCACGAGUACUGUGAGUGAAUGAGCGAGCGAGCACGAGCACGAGCACACGCCCACGCCCACGCCGCUGCUCUAGCCAGCAAGCUUCUCCCGGCCAUGAGGCCGGCAUCAUCAGCCGCGCGCGCCUUCCUCUCGGGCGCCGUCUUCUUGCUCGCUCUUCUCGGCUUGGUCCUCGAAGCCGCCUGCCUCCGAAGCCUGCAGCAGCCUCCUACUCCUCUGCAGGGCGGCGCCGGCGGCGGGACGGCGGCGGGGGAGGAGAAGGUGCGGCUGGGGUCGAGCCCGCCGAGCUGCCGGGGCAAGUGCUACGAGUGCAGCCCGUGCACGGCCGUGCAGGUGCCCGCGCUGUCGACGGGGCCGUCCGGGCCGUCGUCCGCCGCCGCACGGGCGCGGACCCGGGCGCGCGCCGCGGCCGGCGAGGUCGCCACGCUCUCCAACUACAAGCCCGUCGGGUGGAAGUGCCAGUGCCGCGACCGCCUGUACGAGCCCUGACCGACGACGACGUACGACCCGCAGCGGCCGGUGCUGGCGCUGGCUGCAGUGGCCGCGCGUCACAGGCCAGGAUUCAAACAGA